GUCUCAAUUCACAAGCGCCUUCAAACUUUCAGAACACGCACUUCUGCUAGCUAGCUAGUAGCCAUGGCUUCCGCAGUCUCGUCUCUCUUCUUCGCCACGGCGCUCGUGAUGAUGGCGCUCAUGAUCAUGCUCGAGGGCAGCACCACAUGCCACGCCGCGCGGCAUCUUGCCGACACGACGACCGCCCCGACCGCUGCUCCUACCGCCAUCCCGGCCAUUCCUGCCAUGCCGAAGCCGCCGGUCGUGCCCACCAUUCCCGCGGCCACCCUUCCACCGAUACCCGCCGUGCCGACGUCGACGGUGCCUGCGCUGGGCGUGCCACCGAUCCCCGCGUUACCCAAGAUCCCCGCGAUGCCCCCUAUGCCGGCUGUACCCGCAUUGCCAAAGGUGACGGUGACGCUGCCGCCGCCGAUGCCCGCCGUCGUCGUCCCUAAGGUUGGCGCCUUGCCGCCGAUGCCCGCCGUGCCUAAUUUGACACUGCCGCCGAUGCCCUCGAUCCCGGGCGUGCCCAUGCCGUUUGUGGCGCCGCCUCCUUCGGCAUAAUUCAAUUCACCAAUGUCUGAUAGAGUGUCCAUAUAUCUGAGUAUUCGAGUUGAUCUCACUCUCGAUCAAUCCAUGUGUACGAUCUUCGCUGGGCACGCAUGCUGCAGAUUUACUUAAUUGGUGUAUGUAUGUGAUUCUAUAUACUUCUAUAUAUUGUUGUAUCCAGUCUUUUUCAAAGUUAUAAUGUUGUGUCAAGCUUUAAUUUGUCAGUUCAUUUUCUUUCAUUUUUUUUGGUUGGAGGUCGUCAUUUGUUGUAAUCUGUAAGUGGAUACGUAUGUACAGAGUGCUCGACUACCCCUUGUGCAGUUUUUUCAUGUAUUUGAAUUUUUUUUGGUACUUUGUUA